AUGUUCAUCCUCCUCAUCAUCUCAUUCUCUCUUCAUCUUAUUCUUCUCUCGCUUUAUCGUUUUCUCUUUCCCCAUCUCUCUCUUUCUUUGCCUUUCACUCUCUCUCUCUCCUUUUCUCUCUCUUCACUUUUACCCCUUUCCCUUUCUCUCUCCCUUUCUCUCUCCUUUUCUAUCUCCCUUUUCUUUCUUUCUUUCUUUCUUUCUUUCUCCACUAUCUCUAUUUCCUCAUCUCCAUUUUUAUAUCUUCCCCCCCUUUCACUUUCUAUUUCGCUUUCUGUCUAUCCCUCUCUCCUUUUCUCCCUAUUUAUUAUCCUUUCUCAUUUUCUACCUCUCCCUUUAAAUCUUUCUGUAUUUUCCCUCUGUCCUUUCCUUUUGUCUCCCCUUCUAUCUCUCACUUCCUUUCUUUUACUCUCUCUUCUAUCUCUGUCUUCCCUUCUCUCUGUAACUGCCUUUCUCUCUCCUUUCUUUUACUCUCUCCCUUCUAUCUCGCUGUUACUUUCUCUCUGCAUCUCCCUUUCCCUCUCCUUUCUUUUUCUCUCUCUCUCUCUCUCUCUCUCUCUCUCUCUCUCUCUCUCUCUCUUCCUUCCUCUCCGUAUCUCCCUUUCUCUGUGCUUUCUUUUAGUCACUCUCUGUAUCUCCCUUUCUCUCUACCUUUUUACUUUCUUCCUUUCUCUCCGUAUCUUCAUUUCUUCUCCUUUCUUUCACUCUCUCACUCUCUCUCUCUUCCUUUCUCUCCGUAUUUCGCUUUCUCUUUCCUUUAUUUUACUCUCUCUUCCUUUCUCUCUGUAUCUCAUUUUCUCUCUUUUCUUUUACUCUCUCUCUUCCUUUCUCUCCAUAUCUCCCUUUCUCUCGCCUUUCUUUCUUUCUCUCUCUCUCUCUUUCUAUUUCCCUUUCUCUCUCAUUUCUUUUACUCUAUCUCUCUUCUGUUUUCUCUGUAUCUUCCUUUCUCUCUGUUUUUACUCUCUCCCUUCCAUCUUACUCUUCAUUUCUUCAUUUUCUCUUUUACUCUCUCUCUCUCUCUCCCUCUCUUCUUUUCUCUCCAUAUCUCCAUUUCUCUUUCCUUUCUUUUACUCUCUCUCUCUCUUCCUUUCUCUCCAUAUCUCCAUUUCUCUUUCCUUUCUUUUACUCUCUCUCUCUCCCUCUCUCUUCCUUUCUCUCCAUGUCUCCCUUUCUUCUUCUUUCUUUUACUCUCUCUCUCUCUCUCUUUCUUUCUCACCGUAUCGCUUUUUCUCUCUCCUUUCUUUUUCUCUCUCUCUCUCUUCCUUUCUCCCCGUAUCUCCCAUUCUUCUUCUUUUUUUUAACACUCUCUCUCUCUCUCUUUUUCUUUUCUAUCUGUAUUUCACUUUCUCUUUCUCUUUCUCUUUCGUUUCUUUUACUCUCACUCUCUUCCUUUCUCUCUGUAACUCCCUUUCUCUCCUUUCCUUUACUCUCUCUCUCUCUUCCUUUCUCUCUCUUUUCUCUCUCUCCCUCUCUCUCUCUCUCUCUCUCUCUGUCUUUUUCUCUACACUUAUUAUCCAUAUUUUUUCUGCUCCGCUUUAUAUUUUCUUUUCUUUAUUCUUAAAAUCAUUUCCUGUUCGUCUAUUUUUAUUGUUUUUCCUCCUUGUUUCCUCAAUUUUCCGCUUAACGAACAACUAUCGACAAUUGACGGUGAACAUAGCUACCGGUGAUGCUUGA